AUUCUGACAAUGGCGAUAUUAAUUAUGAUUACGUUCAUGAAUUGUCAUUGGAAAUGAAGCGUCAGAAGAUACAGAGGGAAUUAAUGAAACUUGAACAAGAAAACAUGGAGAAGAGAGAAGAAAUUAUCAUUAAAAAGGAGGUUUCACCAGAAAUGGUUAGAUCAAAAUUGUCUCCAUCACCUUCUCUAAGAAAGUCUAGCAAAUCUCCAAAGCGAAAAUCAAGCCCCAAGUCAUCCUCAGCUAGUAAGAAAGACAGGAAGACAUCUGUAAUAUCUUCUCCCCUGUUGGACCAGCAGAG